AAAACAGCAAAAAAGAUAUAAAUAGACGCAAUGAUGAAGAUGAUGAAGACGAUAUUCCUUGCUCUAGCUUUGCUGAGCUUGGCAAACUGUCAGGGAACUCUGUUAGAAAUGUCUCAACAGUUGUGGGCCAAGCUUCUGUCAGGUGGAUUCUCGAAAGCGGGAAAGCUGGAUCCCCUGAAGGUUCCGACGAUCAAAGUGGAUCAAUCCGAGGGUAACACCAGUUACAGAAUUAUUCUUCGCAACGUGGAGAUAACUGGGCUGAACGGGUCCAGCCUGGACAGCAUCCACAUAGCUCGAGGCCGUUUGAAAUCGAACCUAAGCGAACUGGAGGCCGGCUACGUGAGCUACAGCGAUCUCAGAGACUUGGACUCGAUCAGGUACAGGUUCCACACAUUGAUCAAGGAGCCGAAAGGGCAAAACGAGAGCUUCGAGGCGAUAGUCUCUGCCGCGAAUCGACAGGUAAAUAAAUUCGCAGCCGGUUCGACAAGGGAGGAGGAGAGACUGAGAAUGUACGACCCCUUCUUGAUGAAGAUUCAAGCGGAGAAAAUGAGGCCGCCAGCCACUGAUCGCCCCGCCAACGAGCCACGCAAAUUCCACCAACAGCCUAAUAGCUUCGGUUCCUUCGACAUGGAGGGCGCCAAAGUUCUCUCCAGGUCGGAGACCGCUCGUAUCAUCGAGAACUUGAGGUAUCCUUCCGACGUGCAGAUGAUUUACGCGAUGAGCGCGAUGAACUCUGGAUUGAACCCGAGAAACUACGAUCGGAAGGAGAGCCAGGCAGCCAGAUCCUACGUCGACGGGAGCAGAGAGGAACACGACAGACGAGAAAAUGAGAGAAGGGAGAAGAACUUUGGCGGCAGAAGAGGAGAGGAUCGUUAUGGGGACGUUGAGACGAUGGCGUCAGAGAAUGUGGAGAGCGUGGCCGGGGGUCAGAGGUUCGUCCCUGGACAGAUCGGCAGGGAAGAGGCGCGUCGUGAUCGAUCGAGGAUCAAAUCGGAGGAUAAACCAGGGUACAUUGAUAUCGUUUACGCGGAUGGGGAGCGUAAUGGCGGCGUGAAGCGCUUUGGAAACGGGAGAAUAGAGUCUAAGGGGAAUGCCAGAGUGUUUGGCGUGAACGGUGACGCAAAGGAUAUCCUGGAGAGUAAACGAGUUAUUAGUCGCAACUGUACCGAGGGGGAAUCGUUGACGAAGAGGAACGACGCUGUUAAGGCGGCCAUAGAGGCGAAGAGGUUGGAUGGAUUGUCGAGAUACGCGAGAGAUUAUCAGGAGAGGCAAGGAUACUUCGAGGAAGGUAUGCAGUUGGUUUAUCAUUAUGGCGGAAUGGAUGCCAAGAAUCCUGAGGAGCAGAAAAUUGGCCAAGGGAGAAGACAAAAACGUGCUCAUGGAGGGAACGACACUGAUGACGAUGUGAUGCACGUUAUAGUGAAAAUCAGGGUCCCACUGCUUCGCGUGAAAUCCGAUUACCAAUUGAUGGGCAAGGUUGGGCAGGAAUUGGUAAGAGGAAGAGGACAGUUCAAUGGGAAUUUCUCUGAUGUGAUCGGUGAUUUCACUAUCGAGUUGAAGAAAACCAAAGGGCAGGACGAGUUGAUGGUUCGAGCAGCCAGGAGCAAAUUAAAUGCCACGAAGAAAAAUGUUUCUCUUCAGGGGAUGGACGAAGAGGGGCCAGUGAAGUCGAUUCUCAGCAAUGGCUUGAUGGCUGCGGAGGCGGUGGCCGCCAUGCUUGCGGAUGACCUGGCCACCAAGGCCCUGAACGACAAAACGGCGGAUGCGAUGAUUUACAAAAUGUACAAAAACCUUCCGGUCAAUUAAAACCGGUGUCGAGGACAGUUGGGCUUUAAUCGUUUUGACAGAUUUAUAUUGUGUAAUACGUGGUGGUCGAAAUAAUUCUUUCGUUCGAAGAGGAAACGUGCCAAACGUGAUGGAGUUU